AUGGUGAAAGGGACCAGAACACUUCUUAAGGCGGCUGCAAGAACAAAUUUGCGUGGCAGAAGACCAGAACGCCCGAGUACACCUCUUUUACCACCUUUGCAGCUGUACAGGCGCAUUCUUCGCGAACACCAAAACCUACCAGGUCCACAACGCGAGCUAGGUGAUCAAUAUGUGAAAAACGAAUUUAAGUUGCAUAAGGACACCUCAAAUCCUUUGCACAUUGUUGGUUUCUUGGCCUCCUGGCAGGACUACUUACAUGUGAUUACCCAAGGACAAUGGCAUGAAGCGACGCUGUCGGCCGAGAUUCUCGAUAAACUAUCCCCAGAUCAAGUAAACCAACUAUACGAGUUGAUGAAGGAGACGGAGACUCUUGCUCAAGGUAGUUCCCAAUAA